UUUUUAAAGUUACAACGAAUAAUGUCCUUUUUGAUGUUUCCUUAAUGUAUUGUCAAGUCGGUUUAAGUGUAGGUUAUCCUUUUGUUUCGAUUCGUAACGCUACAUUUGAUUGAUUGAUUGAUUUGGAAAGAUCGAGGAGCCGGAAAAUGGAUGAAAGUGCCGAAAAUGUUGACAACGACGACAUUGUCAUUAUAGUGGAGAACGAGGCAGAAAGUUUACCUGCCGAGGAAGAAAGGCUGAAAGGCACAUUCGGGCUGAUGGACACUUGUCCUGUCUGCAAGUUGAGCUUUCACAACCGAGAGCCCAAACUCCUGCCGUGCCUUCACUCUUUCUGCAAGAGGUGUCUCCCUGCUCCCUUCAAGAGUGCUGAACCGAGACGAGACCCCCAAGGACAAGGAGACAACAAACCAUUGGGCGCCAUUCGAUGUCCAGUAUGCAGACAAGAAUGCUGGGAGAUGGAUGUAUUGGAUAAUUUCUUUGUUAAGGACUCCGCUGAGGUGCCGAGCAGUACGGUGGAGAAAGCCAGCCAGGUCUGUAUGAGCUGCGAUGACAACACGGAGGCUACUGGCUUCUGCGUAGAGUGUGUGGAGUUUCUGUGUGUGACGUGUAUCGAGGCGCACCAAAGGGUCAAGUUCACAAGGGAUCACACUAUACGCCAGAAGGAGGAGAUGUCUCCAGAAGCAGUUGGUAUUUCGGCACAGAAGCCUGUAUUUUGUGACAUCCACAAGCAGGAGGCACUCAAGUUGUUUUGUGAGACAUGUGACCGACUCACCUGUCGAGACUGUCAGCUGCUCAAGCACAAGGAUCACAAUUACCAGUUUUUGGAGGAUGCAUACAGAAACCAUAAGCAGUACUUGGAGAACAUGACGCAGCAGUUACAAGAGAAGAAAAAGGCUAUCGAGGAAGUGUCCAACUGUAUUGGCAAUGGACUCCAGCAAGUAGAAGAAAACCGCAAGUCUGUCACCAAUGAAAUCAAGAAGUCCAUCUGUAACCUGAUUAUGGAGAUCAACAGGAAAGGAAAGAUCCUCGUUAAUCAGCUUGAGGCUCUGACCAAGGACCACGAGUUGGGUUUAAAAAAGCAGCAAGAGGAUGUGAGCUCUCUGAGCCGGCACCUAGACCACGUCAUCAACUUUACUAAAUGGGCUACAGCCAGCCACAGUGGAACAGCCCUCCUAUACUGCAAGAGACUGAUCCUUUUUCAGAUCCAUUAUCUGAUGAGAGCAAGCUGCAAUCCCUCAAUCGUCCCUCAGAGUACUGUUCGAUUCCAGUGUCGCUCUGGUUUCUGGGCCACUAAUGUAGACCUGGGUUCUCUGCUAGUAGAAAGGGGACCCGGCCGGCAGCCCAUCACCAACCAUCAGGCAGGGAUAAGACCAGAAGCCCCCACAGGAGGUCUCACAGGAGGUCUCACAGCAGCUCAGCAGCGACAGGGCACGCUGGCUCAGCUCCAGCUGCAGGUCGACAAGCUUUCCCAGCAUCCCCACAGGCAGCCCGCUCCUAACCACUGGUCCUGGUAUCAGAACACCCAGCUCCCAGGACCCCCAGGCCCUCCACCCCCAACCAGACCCAUCCACGGUGGUUCCUCUCCCUCCCAAGGGCCGCCCAACUUGAUGCAGCCGGGACGCAGAUAUGGAAAUUCCAACCCCAACCCCAGAAGCCCAACAUCAUCCAUGAUUCACAACACGAGAUACACACCUGCUCAGUCUCUUAGAGAACUGGUCCAUAACUCCAGCUACCCUCCUAAACUCGUGGAUAUGUUGCAGGGUACGUCCCGCUACCCACAGCCUAUGUCAACUGGAACAGCUACACAGACACAGCUACAUCAGCGGGGCCCGGUGGAGUCUGCCUACUUUAAGAGGAGUGAGGUGGCAGGAGGAUCGGUCCCCUCCAUCACCAUCUCUGUUCCCAAACCCAGCUUCGCUUCAACUCUGACUUCAGCCUCUAUAGACAAACCAAGCAUACCUAAUCACAUCACAGUUCAAGCGAGGCAGAACUCCCCGAUGGCCAAGCCAACUUCCUCAGACAGAAGCACAGGGACGUCUUCCUGGAAACCGACGCUUGAGACUCCGUCUGCACCAUUGGCCAAGCGACGAAGACGGACGUCCCCCGGGCCCGUCAUCGUCAUCAAGGACGAACCAGAGGACGAGGAUGAAGUUCAUUUUGUGCAGUCCAGCGUCAAGUCCAGCCUGGCCGACAGCAGCACCGGGGCUCAGUCGAAGCCUCGGCAGCAGCUGAAGGCCCCUGCCACAGUCACCGUCCCCGGGUCAGAGUCCAAAUCGGGGAGCGACCAGCAGCACCCCCUGCCUGCAGCGCAGCCCGAGUCUGAGAAGAGAGCGGCGCAAGAGGAAGACCCUAAUGAGGACUGGUGUGCCGUCUGUCAGAAUGGAGGGGAGCUGCUCUGCUGUGACAAAUGUCCCAAAGUUUUCCACCUGGCCUGCCACAUUCCCACUCUGAAUGAAUCCCCCAGUGGCGAGUGGUUCUGUUCGUUCUGCAGAGACCUCGUCUCUCCUGAGAUGCAGUACGACUGUGACAAAAAGGACGACCCUGUGUGUGAAGGAUUUCCAUCCAUUGAGAGAAGGCGGUGUGAGAGGCUGCUGCUGCGUCUGUUCUGCAAUGACAUCAGCACUGAUUUCCAGCAGCCGGCUUCUCCGUCGGAGACAAAAAGGUACAAAGAGCUGAUCAAGACCCCGAUGGACUUGUCGAUAGUGAAGAAGAAGCUGGAGUCAAAGUCAAACGAAGGUGAUGGUUACAGCAGUCCAGAGGGGUUUGUCGCAGACAUCCGGCUCAUAUUUAUCAACUGUGCCAAGUACUACAAGGCGACGUCAGAAGUGGGGAGUGCAGGCUUGUACCUGGAAGACUACUUUGAGGAGCAGUUGAAACAAAUCUACCCAGACAGGCUCUUCCCAGGAGGGAGGGAGGAACAGAUGAUCCCUCCUUUGGAGGACGAGAUCGAUGAAGAAGACGAAGAGAUGAUGGAUCAAGGUAUGGCUCCCAUUGAAGACGAUAAACCACAAAGUCCUGCAGGGGAAGGAAUCCCCCCUGUGGAGGAAGACUUGCCUCCACUGGAAGAAGCAAGUGCUGCAGUGGAGAAAGAAAAGCCAGAGACGGAAACGGAAGAGGUGGAAACGGAUAAGGUUGAAGAAGAGAUGGAUAAAGAGGUAGAAGCUACGGAGGUGGUUGUGCCUCCUGCGGAAGAGUUAGAGCAGGACGAGAAAAGUCCUGAAGAAGAGGUGACAAGAUCUCCAGCUGUGGAAAGUGAAACAAAAGAUGGAGAAGCACCAAGCUCUCCAAAAGAGGAGACCCUGCAGCUCCCUGCAGACACGCCUGCAGAUCCACCUGAAAGCCAGGAGGAGGAGCCAGCUCCUCCUCCAGAGACAGCCAAAGAGAUCGAGGGAUAGAUCAACUUUAACAGUUAGAAACUGUAGAAAAAGAUGGAUGAUUGAAGUCUUCCACAGAAGCGGCCCCAGUGGGGUCUUACAUUUGCUGCAACUAGACACAUUUGUAAUGUUAUAUUUGCAAUAGAUUUAUGAGUAGUGGUCAAGCUGUAGCUGCACUAUGAACUCUGAAAUAAGCUCUCUCCGGACAGACGUUACAAUGUAACUGUAACAUAAAAAAGGUUAUUUUCUGUGGAGCACACAAAAGACAUUGUUGAUUGGAUUGUGCGUAAGCGAUCAUCUUUUUAUCUUGCUUCAUCACUUGUUCACACGCUGCCAAGAAUUGAUGGCACAUUGGCUGCAGGAAGAAAGAAAAAAAGACUUUGGAUGAGCAAUGCAUGCAAGAUGUCCUGAAAAUGAAACCUCCAGUCUUGUGUUUCCAGACUGCAACUCUGAGGAUCAUGAGGAUUAUACACAAAUUAUGUUUUAUGUGAUGGGAUUUUUUUUUUUUUAAAGAAUAUUGUUUUAUGCUACUUAUGCAAUAAAUAGGGAUUAAGUAGUCAUUUUAGUUUCUGUACAGAAUGAAUGGCCACAGCUGUCAGUUAUACAUAUCUUGGUUGCCUGAAAAGAAACAUUUCAGUUCAGUAUUUCAAGUUUGAGCCCCCCCACCCCCCCAAUUCCCUCUCCCAUUUUAUCAUACAGUAGCUGUGUGGGCCUUUAAUCUGGAGAACAAUUCUCCUGACUUUUGUUGACGUUACUGUUAUCAGUCUGAGAUGACUCCCGAGACAUGAUCAUCACUUUCUCAUCAUCAGCCUCAGACAACAGUAUGUUUACCGAAUCAUGUCCUACUGCAGUGUGACGACUGACUUACCGUCGUGUGUUAGUGGUUUUCAAGUCAGUUUGAAAAUGUAAACUAGAGGCACAGAUUUAGCUCGGUGGUGAAAGCGUGCCCCAGCCUUUGGCCCCUUGCUGCUAUACACUGUGCUAACCUAAAAAGGCUAACCCCCCACAAUAAUCAUUAUCCUCCUGUAUUUACAUUCACUCUCUUCAGUUGUCACUUCACCUUCAGUAUAUAUGCAUUAUUUUGUCGAUAUGAUGGUUUUUAUUAUUUAUUGAUGAUACACAGGAACUGUACAUGAACUCUACAAAACCUGUUGAGCUUAUAAAAAAAACCUGUAUUUACAAUAUUUGUAAUAAACAGGGUAACAUGUA